AUGAAGUUCUCUCUCGCCGUCAUUGCUGCCAUCACUGGCUUCGCCACCGCCGGUCCUGCUGCCCCCGCUCCCAACGAGAUCUUCUCCCUUGCCAAGCGCGCAUCUCUUCCCAUCCCGGCGUCAAAGGGCUCUGUUACCUACAAGAAGGCCCAAGAGGUCAGCGGGACUUUCGAUGGUGGCAUGAAGACCUAUGGCCGUGGUGUAAGCUGCACCGGCCAAGCCGAAGGCGGAAAUGCCGAUGCUGUCUUCCUUGUUAAGAACGGCGGUACCCUCAAGAACGCCAUCAUCGGAAAGGACCAGAUCGAGGGUAUCCACUGCGAGGGAUCAUGCACCAUCGAGAACGUUUGGUGGGUUGACGUCUGCGAGGAUGCUCUUACCCUCAAGGGAGAUGGCAACGCCAUGAUCAAGGGCGGAGGUGCUCAGUCUGCUUCAGACAAGGUCAUCCAGCACAACGGCCAAGGCACAGUCACCAUUGAUGGCUUUACUGUAGUGGACUUUGGCAAGCUCUACCGUGCUUGCGGCAACUGCAAGAAGAGCGUGCCGCGCUCCGUCGUCGUUAAGAACGUCAAGGCUUACAACGGUAAGGUCCUGACUGGCAUCAACCCCAACUUCGGAGGUACCUCCACUAUCACCAACACCUGCGCCACCAACGUAAAAACUAUCUGCGAGGAGUUUAAGGGUACCAAGCCCGGCUCUGAGCCCCAGUCCGUCUCCAAGGGUCCUUCCAACUACUGCAAGUACACUGCUUCGGCCAUCAAGUCUUGCUAG